AAGGCUUAAACUAGUAAAAAUCUGGCAUGUACAGAAGAGUUGAGUUGUUUGAGAGUUGACUGGGCUCAACUGAACCAACUACAUGUGCAUAAACAUAGGUGGGCGUCGCCCCUCUUCUUUCUGUUCUAUGCGAAAUCCGAUUACUCUUCUGGAGCUGAAUUUUUGUUUGACAUUUUUGUGAAAGUAAUACACCACUAGAUUUGGGGUGACUUACAGAAUAAAGUCUCACAUUGCUUGGGUCUGGAAUGGCGAUCGCUUAAUAUGGUGUUGGGAUCUCUCCACAUUAAUUUUAAGCUUUUUACUGAUUCGUUUGUAGAUUCUUGGUGGAAGCAGUUAUGGAAAGUACUACGAAUCACUGUAGUUGUUUGGGAAUGAAAGCUCAGAGCGAAACCGAAGGAACUUAAAGAUCAUACUCCUACUUAUUUACAGUAGUUCCUAGUAUACAUAAUAUUAUCUGUUGUAGGGAAAAGGGGUCAUAGGAAAGGCAGUUUUCAGAAUCCCCCAUGUUUUAUGUGUGAAUACUGGAGAAGCCAUGAAUUUAGCUUCACAUAAAGGAGAUUCACCAAUAGUUGCCUAUCCAAGGACCCUUUCGUUGAUUGUUGCUUCAGCUUGUGGACUAGUAGUCAUUCUAGCUCUCGCUUCACUGCUUCUUGUUUCACAACCAGUUGGGUCUACCAUUCGUGUAUACUUCUAUGGAAUCGACCAUUCGAGUAAUUUUGAUUCAUUGUCUUGGGGCAACCCAACACUUCAUGAUUCGCCCAAUGAUGCCAAUGAAGAGAGGACAAACAUUGUGGCUCAACAAGGGGAAGAGGCCUCUGAAAAUUCUACACUUUUCAAUGUUACGGAGGAUGUUGAAGACAUUGGAACAACUCCCCCAGGUUUAGUAUAUAGUUCUGAUGCUAUGCAGCCAGGACUUGAUGCUUCAUCUUUAUCUCCUGCACCUGUAAAUCAGAGUGGUUCAGCUGAUUCAGGUUGUGAUUUGUAUCAUGGAAAAUGGGUGUAUGAUUCAUCUGGAUCACUAUACACGAAUAACUCAUGCCCCGUCCUGCCGCAAGAACAUAACUGCCAGGGAAAUGGGAGGCCUGACAAAGGCUAUGAAAAUUGGCAGUGGAAGCCUGCCAAGUGUGACCUCCCCCGAUUUGAUGCAAAGAAGUUUUUAGAGUUGAUGAGGGGGAAGACAUUAGCUUUCAUCGGCGACUCACUUGCUCGGAACCAGAUGCAGUCACUAUUGUGUAUCCUCUGGCAGGUUGAAGUUCCGAAAAAACGAGGGAAAACAAUGCAUCGCUACUUUUUCAGAUCAACGUCUACAAUGAUUGUCCGAAUAUGGUCCGAACGGCUGCUCCACCAAACGUCCAAGCCAUUUGAUAUUGUUCCAGAGGGUGUGGUCAAGGUCUACCUCGAUGCACCAGAUGAGGUCAUCAUGAAUCUCAUCCCUAGUUUUGACGUGAUUGUCCUUUCAUCCAGCCACUGGUUCACGAAGCAAUCCGUCUAUAUCUUGAACAACGAGAUUGUGGGAGGACAGUUGUGGUGGCCGGACAAGUCUCGCCCUAUGAAGGUAAACAACGUUGAGGCUUUUGGAAUAUCCGUGGAGACAAUUCUCCAUGCCCUGGUUACACAUCCGAAUUACACCGGUCUGACCAUUGUUCGUUCCUAUUCGCCCGAUCAUUACGAGGGUGGGGCCUGGAAUACGGGAGGAUCGUGCACAGGAAAAAUAAAGCCUGCUUUAGAUAGUGAAAUAGUCGAAAAUGGAUAUACGAAUAUAAUGCACGAGAAACAGGUGAUGGGUUUUAACCGUGCAAUCCGGAAGAGGACGAACAGAUCGAAACUGAAGUUGAUGGACAUUACGGAAGCCUUUGGGUAUCGCCAUGAUGGGCAUCCCGGUCCUUAUAGGGAUCCCGACCCGAACAAGAAAACCAAACGUGGGCCGGAUGGGAAGCCCCCGCCGCAGGAUUGCUUGCACUGGUGUACGCCAGGUCCAGUCGAUACAUGGAAUGAGUUGAUGCUUGAAAUAAUUAGGAGAGAAUUUGAGGGUAGCCGUAGCCCCUAUCCUUGAGAGUUUUUGGGUGAUUUGAAAGGUGUAUUUUGUCCACGAAAAGCAUGGAAAUUUAUGGCUAUGUUUAGCUUAGUCCUGUUUCUUUUAAGAGGGAGAUACUAGUUCAUAGAGAAAACAAAGAGUUUAACUUAUACAGGAAAGUCACAACAAGCUUAUUAUCUUGUUGAAUUAUAGAUUGCUAAUUUUAUUACCAGAUAUGUUAAAAAGUUCUUUAUUCAGCUC